UGUGAGCAGGCUGCAGAGCUGUAUCUGGUGAUUGAAGAACAGAAUAAGAUGCUGUGUUCUCUCAAAGAGCUCGCCAACCGCAACCAGCUGCAGCAGCUGCAGGUAUCUGGUGCAGAGAGUGUUCGAGGUCAGGGCGAGGUCCUGGCUCUGCAGGCGUCUCUCUUCCAGGCUCAGCUGGAGCUCCAGGCCGGGCAGCGCUCGCAGCGGCAGGCGGCCAGGACGCAGGAGGACCUGAACCGAGCCCUGCAGAGGCUGGACAAAGACCUGCAGGGGGCGCUGCAGCACAGGAGGGAGACAGAGAGACACAACCAGGACCUGCAGCUCGCUCUGGAGAAGGCUCGAUCGGCCCUGCAGGAGAGAGAGGAGCAGCUGAGGGCGAGCGAGCACGACAGACUGAGGCAGGACGAGGAGAGAGAGAGGAGCAUCAGAGAGCUGAGGACCUCCCUGCUGACCAGAGAGCAGCCGAAGCGUUCUGCAAGGCCAAGAACGUCAACGACAAACUUCGGCAUACAACACGGAAACAACACCAUCUGCACCACACACUGGAACACAUCACUGCCAUCACACUCGCAACUCUGCACAAAUGCCACACAACACACGAACACAACACUGCACAACUGCAACACACCCCUGACAACACUGCUCACUAACCACGGCAACGCU